AUGGCGCGCCUCGCUUGGGCCGCAGCAUUACUGGCCUCCAGCCCAGCCCGGCUCGUCGCCGCGCACUCCCACAUCAGUUACAUCAUCGUCAACGGCCUCGUCUACCCGGGGUUCGACCCCAAGAUCCCCGACAACGCAGACAACGUGGUCGGGUGGUCCACCACCGUGGCCGACGACGGCUUCGUACCGCCGUCCAACUACACCACCCCGGACAUCGUCUGCCACCGCGACGGCGCCCCCGCCAAGGCCCACGCGCCCGUCCGCGCCGGCGAUAAGAUCCACAUCCAGUGGAACGGCUGGCCGCAGUCGCACAACGGGCCGGUGAUGUCGUACCUGGCGUCGUGCGGCGGCGCCGCCGACGGGUGCGCCAGCGUCGACAAGACGCAGCUGGCCUUCUUCAAGAUCGACGACAGCAGCCCCGCGCUGCUGGGGCAGCCCGACGGGCCGCCCGGGACCUGGUCGACCGAGGUGCUGAUCUCGCACAACAACAGCUGGCUGGUGGGCCUUCCGCCGGCGCUGGAGCCGGGCGCCUACGUCCUGCGCCACGAGCUUCUGGCCCUGCACUACGCCGCGCAGCCCGACGGCGCGCAGAACUACCCGCAGUGCAUCAACCUGUGGGUCAUGCCUCCCGACGCGAACGGCACGGCGGAUGCCACCGGCGCCGUCGUCGUCGGGGAAGACAGCGGCGGCGUGCGGGCGCAGGAGCUGUACGGCGCGCACGACCCGGGCGUCGACAUCGACAUCUACAAGAACCUGACGACGUACCAGAUCCCCGGCCCGACGGUGAUCAGCGGCGCUGCGCCAGUGGUGCCGUCGAGCCAGUCGCUGAGCCUGUCGUCGGCGGCCGGGACGCCCGUGUCGGUGGUGGCGGCGGCGACGGCGGUGGCGUUCCCGGCUGGGACGGGGGUCGUCGCUGGGGUGGCGGGGAGAAGAUGGGCGUGA